AUGAGGGCGAUCCUUCCCCUCCUGUCCCUGGGCACCGUCGCCCAGGCGCUCUACUUCUUCAUCGACGGCACCGCGCCCAAGUGCUUCUUCGAGGAGCUGCCCAAGGACACCCUCGUCGUCGGCCACUACCACGCCGAGGAAUGGGACGACAACUUGUCGUCAUGGUCGAAGCACGACGGCAUCAGCAUCUAUAUCUCUGUAGAUGAGCUGUUCGAUGCCAACCACCGCGUAGUCUCCCAGCGGGGCAGCUCGAGCGGGCGCUUCACCUUCAACGCGGCCGAGUCGGGCGACCACAAGAUCUGCUUCACCCCGUCGAGCACCAGCGGCCGCCAGGGCUGGCUGUCGGCGAGCAACCACAACGGCGGCAUCAAGUUCAACAUCGACCUCGCCAUCGGCGAGUCGAGCCAGAUCGAGAGCAGCGACAAGGGCAAGAUGGACGACCUGUCCCAGCGGGUCAAGGACCUCAACGCGCGGCUCAACGACAUCCGGAGGGAGCAGAUCUUCCAGCGUGAGCGCGAGGCCGAGUUCCGCGACCAGUCCGAAAGCACAAACUCUCGCGUCAUCCGGUGGAUGAUUAUACAGCUCAUCGUGCUCGGUGGCACGUGCGCUUGGCAGUUGUCUCACCUGCGGUCCUUCUUCAUCAAGCAGAAGCUCACGUAA